AUGCAACCAAAGGAGGUUAAAAAAUAUAUCAAGAACGACCGUCCAAAACAUAAAGGUCCAGCUCCUAAAGAUGCCAAAAGAGCAGCAGAAUUAAAAGUGCCUUUCACUGUGGACCAGAUCACAGAUUCACCGGUGGAGGAAUUUAAUGAGAUGCUGACCAAAUAUAAAUUGAAUGCUGCACAGUUACAGCUAAUCAGAGACAUCAGACGGAGGGGUAAGAAUAAAGUUGCUGCCCAGAAUUGCAGAAAACGGAAAAUGGACUUGGUGUAUGGGGUGGAAGAUGAACUACAACAAUUGAAACAUACCCGCGAUAAACUAAUCAAUGAGCGACAGUUGAUUGAUAAACAAACACGAGAAAUGAAGGCCCGAUUUAGUCAGAUGUAUCAAGAAAUAUUUACUUCCCUGCGAGACGAACAUGGUCAACCCUAUGACCCUAAUGAAUAUUCAUUACAGCAGUCAAGUGAUGGAGACGUAUUUUUAGUACCAAGAAACACAAGUUUGGGUGUCGAUGAACAUGGUAAAAAUAAAAAGAGGAAAAAUCAGAAAAAAUGA